AUGCUGUGGCCACGGCUGCCAUGGCUAGCAGUGACAGCUGUCAUAGCUGUGACGGUCGUGACAGCCGAAGAGCUGGAUUUCUCCUGCAAGGAGCACGAGGUCGAGCUUUGGGAAGAUGUCAGGUUGCAGCUGGAAAAGCUAAUGCCGCGCUUCGCUGGCCGAUUGAGCUUCGUUCACAUUGCGGAAGAUCUCCCGAUGGUGAAUAGAAUUCAUCAAAAUGUUGUCCGAAAGUUGGAGAUUCCUGGACCCUUGCUACAAGCGCAGGUGCCUCUGCCUUGGAGAGAGGAGGAGCCAUGGAGCUUUUGCCUCACAGGUCUAGUUAGCGCCAAAGUGCUUUUUGUGAUGAUGGGAAUGACAGGUCAAUUUGAAUAUGCAGUGGACUUGAGCGCAGCUCUUGUCACAUCAGUUAUGCCAGCACCCUGGUUGGAGAUCCUCCAAAGUGGUUGGCCGAUUUUUCCGCUGUUGGCGAUUUUGUCCAAAUGGGCUUCGCCGCACAUGGACUUCGCAGGUGCUGCCUUUUCCGGCCCUCAUGGCCGUUCAGCAGCUCGAGCUGUGACGGGAUUAGUCUCUACUUGCGACCAGGCAGAGUUUGGUGCCAUGCAACGUGCGCGAAAAGUUCUUGGUGUCCACUGGCGAAAUCUGGAUCCUACGGUCCAAAGUCCAGACCUGGAUCACAUUGAGGUGUCCCUCGCGGAACUGCAGGGGAGCUCCAGAGAAAGAUUUGCCAACGGCACUAACGGCACUAACGGCACUUACGAAUGUUACUGGACACAUCAUCCAAACCGGACCUUGGGAGGUGAGAUCGAUGAGAUUCCUGGGAAUGCGCUGGGAGCUUGUGCGACAGUUGAAACCUGUGCUGGGAUCCUUCAGAACAGCCUGCGAAUUGGCCAGCCCUUUCUGCAGGAGUCAGUAGGUGAAGUGUCUGAAGUGCGUUGGUGCACUCCACACAUCAGUCCCAGUCGCACCAAUCCCAACGCGAGCGACAGCACUUUGCUUUGCCCCUUUGCACGGGUUGUUGGCCUCCUUGGCUCCGCCUUUCGUUUGCUGAGCAACAGCACUAGCAUGGAGAACUUUUCCCCUGAGUUGGUCAAGCAGGCUAACGCAGAGGUGGCGGCCUUUGCUUCGGGUUUUGACCCUGGCGAUGCCCAUGCUGCAGGCAGAGAGGCCUGGGCGACACAAUGGCCCUUGUGGCAGGUUCUUGGGCGCCUCCAACAACGGAUGGACUUUUUGCGGGAUCCAAUUGCCAGUUCAGCAGGCACAAAGGUUCUGUCUUCUCUGCAACGUGCCAUGGGCUUCGAUGAUGAGGCUUGGCGCUUGGUUCUGAACGAGCUGGAUGAAGUGUCGGCAAAAGUCAAGGCUCCUUCAUCCUUGCGAGAGCGAGUGCGAUGCAUUUCUGGGACCAGCUGUGUUGCUGAGUUCUUUGCAAGGUUGCACACCAUGCUCUACUCCACUGAGAAACUGCCUUUGCGGGAUCAGAUCUUUAUGCAGAAUGAGGACGCCAUCUUGCCGGAGUUCAUGGUGCGCAGCAAAAGGAUGGACUACAAUGACCCCAAAGAGCUGGACUACGACUGGAAAGCAAUGGUGCAGGAGGUGAAAGCAAGGUUUGCUGAAGGGCAUGAGUUGACGCGCGAGGAGGAGAUGCAGGGCUUAAUGCCAAAGGAGCAUCCUUUGCAGGUGGACCGACUGCAGCUGGCCCACUUCAUCUUGGAGGUGAGGGACCAGAUCCUUCAAGAAGGGCCGUUGUACAGAUGUUUGGAGUGGGACAUGCCCCUCCUGUUGGUUCACGCCUUUUCAGCAUACUGCCGCUACCUAGACAUCUACUCAUAUUCGGAGCCGCACCCCAGUGAUGCCAGACUUGGAUUGCCAGGGCGGCACGAGUACAAGUCUGGCACGAUCCACUACUGGGGGGACAUGGAGAAGUCCGAGAACUUUAGUGUGGAUCCAGGUUCCAUGGACCUGAUUCUUUGUCCCUUCAUCUUUGAGCAUGUUGCUAGACCCUGGAGGGCUAUCAGGACUUUGGCUGACUCCUUGCGUCCAGGCGGCUUCGUCAUUUGGGCAGCUCCCAUGUUCCAGCGUUACCAUGGGUCUCCUCACGACUACUACCGCUACACUCCGAAUGGGGUCAAAGCGUUGGCGGAAGAAGCAGGAUUGGAGGUUGCAAAAAUAUACGCUCCUGGGGAUCUCUCCUUGGUCAAUGGAGUCUUGAUGGGAAUGCUGCUGCCAUAUUGGUCCACGGAGCAAGUUCUUCGCGAGAGUGAAUUGGUCGAGAGGGUGCAGCAAGUCAUGAUCAAGCUUGGAACGCAGGUCCUUGAAGAGAAGGACUUCUUGUUCAGGAAUCUCUUUCGGACCAGUCAGGCGUAUCGACCACAACUUGAAGAGGUGGCUGCAAAGUGGCCAGACUUCUUGGACGGCAUCUUGCCGCGGAUGUCUACUGUCUUUCAGAUGAGUGUCUUGAGGCCGGUUCGUCCUUCCAAGCGGUCAUGCACGAACACAGCCCGCGCUUUUCCGGCGCAGACCGUUAAAACUGGUUGGACGUUGUUGAGCACAGGGAGCGUCGUAGUGCUGGUUCUCCAAGCUCUCAUUCAAAGGUUCCUUCCUGGCUUCUUCAUGAACAGGGCAGUGAGGAAGGCUGGGCAAAGGCUGGAAAGGACAGAGCCCGCCCCUGCACGGCCGGUCGAGGAGGAAUACAUCAAGGACUUCAUCAAUUCACCUCAACGUAAAGCUUUGAGCACCCCUUCCUUCUUGGUGGUCAGUGGUUCCCAAGGCAUUGGGAAAUCAACCAUGCUGAACAAUCUCAUGUGUGAGAAUGUGAAGAAUGGCAAAAGGGUGCUCCCACUCAAGAUGUCAAUCCGUCCUGGUGAGGACUUGAAACUCAAUGAAGCGCUGCCCAAAGCAUUGCAAGCAGUAUAUUUGCCGCGAUACUACCCAGAACAAGUGGAGUAUAUGCUGGAAAAGGUGAACGAGACGUGCAAGCACCGAACAGGCAGUGCCGCCGUGGUAUACCUGCAACUCACAACCAAAAGCCGCGGAGACAAAUUUAGUAGGGAUGCCUGUGAUGACAUUGCUUCCACCCUCGGUGCCUUCGCUCGCAACAUCACCUACGACAAUGCCGCGUGCAAGUUCAUUUUGGAGGUCAGCGUGUCUGCUGUGGCCGACAUCAUCACCGAAAGGUUUGACAUGUCAAGGCUGGUUGUGGUGCGACCGCUGCCUUUCGAAGACUUCACAUCUGUGGUCAAGGAGGUGGCAAAGCAGGGAAACGACUUCCGGACGCUGAACAAGGUUCUUGCCGAAGAUGACAUGGACGAGGUGUUGAAGCACUACUACAUCCGCACAGGGGGCAACUUCCGCGCCUUGGGCGAGAUACUGCGAAACGUCUCCAGAGCAGGUCAGAAAGGUGCGGAUGCGGUCAUCGAGCGGGUUGAGCAGUGGUACAAGGAGAGGGUGGAACCAAUUCAAAGGAAAUUGGAUGACCAGGAAGUGAAGGACUAUCUCCUCAAGGUGGCAGAGGCAGGACCCAUGGGGUAUCUCCCAGAGAGCGACGAAGACACCAAAAUGAAGUUGAAGCUUCUUCGUGAGGAGCCAGCAGACUGCGUCCUGAGGAGAACAACCAAUUUAAGUGUGGCUUUGAAGCAUUGGCAUUUCGUCGCCAAGCUCUUUCAAGAGGAUGAGCAGAAGUUGAGGGAUGCAGGAUACAUGUGA